AGAAAUGAAUCACACAAACAAUCGCUCCCCGCGGAGGAAGGCAGAGUCUUGUGUAUCAGCAAAGAAAGGAGUGACACACAGCUGUGUGGAGAUUUUCGUCUAUGGUGCUGACCACUGCUGCCGGACUGUUUUCUCCUGACAGGCACAUCGGAUCGCCCCUUUCCUCAGUUUUACAACGUUUGCAGAUGAGCUCAACUGGUCAUUCCUCCUGUUGAUCCUGCCUACCGAGUGCGGGUCCGGUAACUCCACAAUCUGCAAAUUCCUUUCCCCGAAUUCAUAAUCCGGAGUGUCCAGUUAGUUAACCCUCAAAGAAGAAAGAAACAGUUGGUAAUCUUUGAAGGAUCUACAGAUCGAGGCGCCGCAGCAAAUGUCACGGGCUGUUGCCGAGUAGGAGCCGGACGCCUGUCGCUAUGGGACAGCUCAGCCUCCUAGAUACUUUCCUUAAAGCCAUUGCCUAUGGACACCUUUGGGCUUCAGCACAGUUGUAAUGAAGGAUGCCCACAUUCCCCGUUUUUGCCAAGAUGCCUCAUGCCUGACUGGAGUGGACGUGUUCCUCUUUGGACACACAUGCUCAGUUUCUUUACGUGGGCCACACAGAUAGCCAAGAAUGGCUAGGAAGUGAAUAGGCUGUGCCGUCUACUCCGUCAUGCAUUCCUCAAUGGGCACUGCUGUCCCAUGGUACUCCCCAUCGUCUGGCAGGGCUCAGUCACGGCACCCGGGUAUCAACAUCAAACUGAAGAUCUCCCAGUGGGAAGGCCGCACUCAGCAGCCGGGGCCGUCACGUCAUGCUUUGCUUUCUCGCACCCUUUCUGAUGGUUCAGAGGGAUCAUGCAGCAAGACUGGCCUCACCAAGGCCAAAAGCCUAGGCCUGGACUUUAGGGAAGAAUGGAAAGAGCACAGUGUCCACCAGAAGCAGCACCGCAAGAACUCAUGUAGCACAGACUACACGUCAGCCAAGGCUUUUGAAAAAUUGGAAUGUGAGGACAAAGUGGAAAAUGGUGGCUGGGCCACAGACUUGGGGAAGUCUUUCCCUCCGGGAAACUUUUAUACCUCUCGGGGAUUUUGGAGGAGAAUGGAGGAUACUCCCAGGAACAAGAAAAAUGGGGAACUUGGGGAGUCGGAAGAAAGUGGGGAACCAGCAAAAACUCCCCAGGAGGAACCCGCUAUCAACCCAGUGCCCAAGCCUCAGCGUACAUUCAAGUAUGCAGGGGAUCAUGGACCCCAAGGAAGAGGGUUGAGAACUGAUGAUUAUGUUCUUGGGAGCAGCCAUGCAACAGCCAGAAGGGGAGUGGAUCAAAAGUUUCCUCUGCCUUCCUAUCCGCCACCCAGCCUCCCAGAUGGCAUUGCACGUGGGAGAACUAACAGGAAAUCGUUUGAGUUUGAAGAUGCUGAAAAGCUGCGUGUUCUUGAGUCGAAGAGCCAGCUGGAGGCACUGGAGUGUGGCCAUUCGGGUCUGUACCACACGCUGUCCGAGGACAACAUCUACGAGGACAUUGUCUAUCCUGCCAAGGAGAACCCAUAUGAAGAUGUCAAGCUGUCAACAUUUUGUAUGCUUAAAGCCAAUGCGUCACCCUGGAAGACAUCACUAGGGGUACAGGGUUUGCCACCAAAGCUGCCACCAAAGCCAACCAACCUUUCUAGACAGACUCCAGUUGUGAAACGGGCACAUGAGCUCCGCAGAGGCCACCAUGACGUUACCACUUUGCCUCCAGCCCGUCCUCCACCUCCAGUGUUGUCUGGUGUGGACUGCAUGAAGAACAGUCCAGCUGCAGAUGUCAAUGUCAAGCAUCGGAAAGGGAGAAGGUUUGUAAAGAAAAUUGAUGAGAUCUUUGAGGCUAAGAGAGGGAAAAAACGAGUGAAGAUUCAGGCCCCAAGUGGACCAGACACGUCUUCCAGUAGAGAAGAUGCUAGCGGAACAGAGAGCGACCCUGAAGAUCGGGCUAAAGGUACGGCUCGGCGCUCUGUGUAUGUGCAGUCCACUCUUCGUCGGAACCCACGUUACCAAACCCUGGAGCGAGACCUGUGGGAGUUGCAGGAGAAACAGUUAUUUGAGCUCUUUGUGGUUGUGUCAUUGCGAAGACAGUCCACUUGUAAUGUCUACAAGCCAGAGAUCACUCAGCAGUUUCCAAAUAAGUUUGAGAAGUCCACACGUCAGUCGCGGGAUGCUGAAGAGCGACUCCGAGCCAUUCCCAAGUUCUGCUUCCCUGAUCCUCAGGACUGGUGCCCGUGUACAGAGCUUAUCAGUGAAACGUUUUCGUUUGUGCUGACUGGUGAGGAUGGCAGCCGUUGGUUUGGAUACUGCCGCAAAAUCCUGCCAAGUGGGAAGGGUAUGCGCCUUCCGGAAGUGCACUGCAUUAUCAGCAGGAUGGGCUGCUUCAGCCUCUUCUCCAAGAUCCUGGAAGAAGUGGAGCUGCGUCGAGAGGUCUCUACAGCCCUGGUGUAUCCUUUCAUGCGUAGUGUUAUGGAGGCUCCAUUCCCUGCUCCAGGUCGAACCAUUGUGGUGAAGAGCUUUCUACCAGGCUCUGGAAACAAGGUGCUGGAGCUUUGUCGUCCUGUGGACUCACGGCUGGAACACGUGGACUUUCAAAGUCUGUUUCAGUGCCUGGAUGUCAGUCGGCUUCUGCAGGUGUUUGCCUCGCUGCUUCUGGAAAGGAGGGUCAUCUUCAUCGCUGACAAGCUCAGCACCUUGUCUCGCUGCGCCCAUGCAGCCAUCGCCCUCCUGUACCCCUUCACCUGGCAGCACACUUACAUCCCAGUGCUGCCUGCUUCCAUGAUCGACAUCACCUGUUCGCCCACUCCUUUCCUGAUUGGCGUAUUGUCGUGUGCCCUGCUGGAGCUCGAGAAAUUGCCCCUUGAGGAGGUGCUGAUUGUUCAUCUCGAUGAAGGUCGUUUUAUUCAGCAGAUAUCUGAUGAGGACUGCAUCUUACCCAGCAAGCUUCAGGCAGCACUGCAGCAGAUCCUGGAGGAGCGAGAGCAGAUUCUGGCCCAGGAAACAGCCCUGCAAGAAGCAGGCUCCUCCCCUAACCUCAGUGGCCUUAUUUCAGAAGCUUUCGUGCGGUUCUUCGUCGAGCUGGUGGGUCAUUAUUCCUUGCACAUGGCACCAGGAGAUGCAGGACAACGUACCCUGCAACGGGAUGCUUUCCGGAAAGCCCACACGUCUCGGGGGGCCCGGCAGUUUCUGCAGCUGUUCAUGGAGACACAGAUGUUUGCUGGCUUCAUCCAUGACCGAGAACUCCGAAGAGAAGGGGUAAAAGGCCUCUUUGAGUUGCGUGCUGCUGAACAUCUGGAGACCAGACCUGAGCCCGAGUCCAGUGGAGUGAACAAGUUUCUGAAGGGCCUGGGUAAUAAAAUGAAAUUUCUUCAGAAGAAAUGAACUGGAAGCACUUUUCCCGUUGGUCACUGCCGGCACGCUAGCGGCUUGACUCAAGUGGACAUACUUAAUGGACAAGUCAGCGGACUGUCAGAAUCCCAGGGUGCUCCCUAGCUACUCUGAAACUGGAGAGUACUGGCGUGAACUGGAAGUGGUCAGUGUGAUGCAUUGAGACCUCAGUACACACCUACCAAAAACUGGAUGUGAGAACGAGAACUGCGGAAAUGACAGAUUGACAAGAAGGUGGAGUGUGCAUUCCUGAUGGCGUGAUUUGUGCUUAUUGAUCAUUCUUGUUGCUUCGUGAAUUGGAGGGGAUGGCAGAAAGUAGAGGAGACUGUUUUAAGCCAAAGGGUUCCAUAUUGUAGAGUUGAAGGAAUUUGCUGAAAGGACAGCCACAGACAGACCUUCCUUGCAGACGUUUGUCACUGGCUUCUCGUUGUUGUCCAAGUACUCUUUAAUUAAGUGCUACACAUCGGCCGCAAACUUCUCGAAGAUGAGUUGUGCCGAUUUGUGUCUAAUGUGAUUCUUUGUCACCGAGCAAGCCAGAAGCUAAUCUGGGAUACGUGUUCUCUUUUUAACCCUAUAAAAAUUCUUGCAAUUUAUUUUAUUUUCCUCUUGUUGAUAAACACGUGGGCCGGUUUAUGACGGCUGUCUUUAAAUCUUUCUUAUAUUUAUUAUAGGCUGAGCCUCUUUUUUAUUUCUGAAUGCUCUUCUAUUAAAAUAUGUGUGCCCAGCA